AUGACCGAAAUCGCGAACCGUCCUCUCCCAAGCGCUGUGUCCCGGCCCGUCAGCGAGGCGCUGCUGAACGAAAAGUGGGAUCGCUGCCUCUCCAAUCUCCUCGUCAAGUCGACUCUCGGCCUCGGAUUCGGUGUCGUCUUUUCUGUUCUCCUGUUCAAGCGAAGAGCGUGGCCUGCUUUCGUCGGCGUCGGUUUCGGCGCCGGGCGGGCCUACGAGGAGUGCAACUUUAGUCUCAAGCAAGCCGCACGCGAUCUGAAGAAAGAGAGGGCCUAA